AUGAGGACGAGGAGCGACUACCUGCUGCUGCUGCUGCUGUUUUUGUUUUCGUCGAUCUUGCUGGAGUCGCGGAUCGGUAGAGCGAGUGCGGUGACCGAUCGAACCUCUGCCUCUACCAAGGAUCCGAUUUCGACAAAGAUUCAAAAGCGGCAAAAGACGAGGGAUCGAGGACGCGGCGAUCAGUACAACAAUGAUUACGACGAUUACGACGAUUACAACAAUUACGAAGAAAACGAAACGGAUGUCAUCGAUCGUGCAAAAAUUACUACGGAUAACACCAUCACUCAUUCAUCUUCGACCGUAAGAAAUUAUUCCUCUUCUCGAUCAACUCUUCCGCCAAACGAAGUGCGAUCGAAUCACACUUUUCGAGAGCCUCAAGCCCAACAGCACACGGCCUGCGAAGUCGAAGGUUCGUAUCGUCGAUCUGGCGAGUAUUGGCGACCAUCGGCUUGCAAUAUAUGCCGCUGUCUUCACGGACAAGUCGAUUGCGCUCGUAUUCCAUCUUGCAAUGAUACUUCUUCUCAAGAGUCCGAAUAUGAGCAAAGCUAUAAUAAUACACAAAGAAAUAUGACUGAAUCACGUGACAAUGAGAUUAAUAUAAGUGAGAGCCAACGUGUGAAAACUUACGCCUCUUCUUAUGCUGAAACUUCAGCAUCGAAUAAUUCACCAGAUAUGGACCUUUACUACAAGCAAUUAGCCAUGUCGCAAGCAAGUUCUGAAAAAGGUCCCACACCAAUGGUGCAGUAUCCAGAAUCGUAUGUACAAGUAGGCCCUCGAGGACCACCUGGCCCACCUGGCCCUCCUGGACCCAUGGGAUUCACAGGUUCCAGAGGCGAAAUCGGAGAGCCAGGAACUCCAGGAACUGCUGGAUCGCCAGGUCCUAGAGGAUUACCGGGUCCACCUGGGAACGAUGGAAUUCCUGGAGAGGACGGCGAACCUGGACAGCCUGGGUCACAUGGACCUCCAGGCCCUCGAGGACCACCGGGUCUGCCAGGACUGCCCGGUAUGAAGGGUCAUAAAGGUUCGAUAGGUAUGGAUGGGCUCAAAGGUGAAACUGGAGCAGUCGGGGAAAAAGGAGCUAUGGGUGCAAUAGGUCCCACUGGACUUACGGGACAACCGGGACCUCCUGGCCCUAGAGGUGAAAGAGGGAGGGACGGAGCUGUAGGAUCGCCAGGAAUUAAGGGCUCUGACGGAGCACCCGGAGCUGUUGGAACUCCGGGACCAGUAGGAAAAACUGGAUCGCCGGGGUUUCCUGGUGUACGAGGCAUAAAAGGAGACAUAGGAUUGCAGGGACCUAAAGGAAACCAAGGCAUACCGGGUCUACGAGGCGAACCUGGACGAACUGGCCCAGCAGGUGAACCAGGCUUACCCGGAGUGCCGGGUAAAGAAGGAGCGCGAGGUGAAAAAGGUGCAUCGGGAACCAAUGGCUUAAUAGGACAGCCUGGAUUUCCUGGUAUCAGAGGAUUACCUGGACCAGUAGGAAGUGCCGGUCCUCCUGGAUCAGAGGGAUUACCUGGAGCCCCAGGAGAAAAAGGCAAUCGAGGCGAUGCCGGUUCGAAGGGCGAACCAGGAUUUCCGGGUCCUCGUGGUCAAAUCGGGCCUCAAGGCAAUGAAGGUAAAAAAGGUAAAAGAGGACUCAGUGGUCCAGCUGGAGCAGCGGGUGCUCCUGGUGAGCGAGGACCUAUAGGACCUAUUGGUCCACCUGGCCCAGACGGCUUAAUUGGACCAAAAGGUCAGACUGGCGACGCGGGUCCACCUGGACCUCAAGGACUCAAAGGGGCUACGGGUGAUAUUGGACGUAUUGGACCCACAGGACCACAGGGACUGAAAGGAUCAGCUGGAAGACCUGGAAAUCCAGGUAAACCGGGUAAUAACGGAGAUCGUGGCCCUCCCGGUUUGGAUGGAAAACCCGGUGAACAAGGAAUUCAAGGUCCACCUGGUCCAAUAGGACCUAUUGGAUUACAAGGAGAAAAAGGAUUUGUGGGAGAAUCAGGAGAAGACGGAGAACCUGGUCCUCCAGGACCACCGGGACAAGAUGGACAGCCUGGUGCACGAGGUAAAUCUGGUUUACCAGGUCCGGAAGGAAUGAAAGGAGACCGUGGAUCGGAUGGUGCACCUGGACCCAAAGGUCAUCGAGGUUUCAGCGGUCUACAGGGAAUCCCUGGUCAACCAGGUAUUCCCGGAGAAAAAGGUGCACAGGGACCAGUCGGUCCACCAGGUAAAGAUGGCGAAGCCGGUUUGCGUGGUCCACCAGGUCGAGACGGAAAUCCCGGACCUCCAGGACAUCAAGGCGUCCCAGGUCCACGAGGUCCUCCAGGCGAAGAAGGAAGGCACGGCCCACCUGGACAGCCUGGCCCUCCAGGACCUCCGGGUAUCCCCGGUGAAGUGGCAUAUGGAUAUGACAGUGCAUCUUUAGCCGCUUUAUUUGGUCAAAGUCAAAGCAAAGGUCCAGAUCCAUCAUCGUCGACAGACACACCUCCUAGAAUAUAUAAUGGUUUAAUGAAUGACGAAGAGCGUAAAGAUAUUUUGAAGAAGUUAUAUAAAAAAGUAAAAAGUAGUUUACAAGAAUUUUCAGAUCGCGACGGAGAAAAAUCUACUCCAGCGAGAACGUGCAGAGACCUUUUUGAAUCACACCCUGAAAAAUCAACAGGUGAUUAUUGGAUCGAUCCAAAUGAUGGAGACGUUCGUGAUGCGAUAUUAGUACGGUGUGACGCGGAAAAAAAAUCAACUUGUAUAUUCGCCAGCCCAUCGCAAACACCUAAAAUUAAUUACGUUGGGAAUGAAUUGGAAAUAUGGCUGAACGAAAUAACUAAUGUUGCCAAGAUAAGUUAUAAAGCUGACAGUAAUCAAAUAGGUUUUCUGCAACUAUUAUCUCGCGAAGCUGAGCAAAAUAUUACUUAUUAUUGUAAAAAUAGUAUAGCGUACUAUGAUUCUGAACGUAAAACGUAUCGUAAAGCUUUGAAAUUCCUGGCAUGGAACGACGUAGAAUUACUAGCAAGAGGCAAUCUACGUUUACGUUAUGAAGCAAGUUUAGAUGAGUGCAAGGAGCGCAAAGACAAAUGGGGUAAAACAAUCAUAUCGUAUUCGACUGACAAGCCAUCAAGAUUGCCCAUAUUGGACGUUGCUAUCCGAGAUGUCGGGAAACCGGAACAAAGUUUCUGGUUAGAAAUCGGUUCGGUGUGUUUCAGGUGA